CAGUCUCGUUUGUUCCAAUCUCGCGGCUGUAUGCGUUUAAUUAUCUCAUCUAAAUUAUUUUAAUUUCAAAAAAAAAAAAAAAACAUUUUUAAUCAGUCAAUGAAAUUAUUAGAUAAAAAUAAAUAAAUAAAUAAAUAUUUAAACAGGUGUCAUUAUAAUUAAUAAUAAAUUAAUAUUUAAUUUUGUUCUUUUAAAAGUUUAAUUUUAUCAUAAUAAAAUAAAUCAAAAAAUAAUUUUUUUUUAUUUUAAAUAUAUUAUUAUUUCAAUGGUUAUUUGUUUGUAAUUUAUUUAUAAUUAAAAAAAAAAAGUGUGGUAAAAUUUAUGGAUUGAGAAAACAAAAAAGAAAACUAAACGAAAAAUGAGUGUUUUAAGAUUUCGAUAUUGUUGACGCCCUCAAAAACACAUGGAUGAUAAAAAUUGAUAAAAAAAAAAAAAUAAAAUAAGUGUGAAAAGAGUGAUAAGUGAGAGAGUGGUGUGAAGGGGUGUGAAAAAAACUUAAACAGUUUAAGGGAAAUAGUACACCCUGUGGACCAAUUCUCUUGGGGCUUACGUUAAUCUUGCUGUGAUCGAAACUAAAUUUAGGGGAUAAAAUAUCAAACAAAUUAUUUGUCCUGAUUUUAAUAAAAUAAGUUAAAUAAUGAUCAAAUAAUUAUUUUUAAAUUAAAUAACAAUAAUGUAUUAUUUUGUUAUUUUUUUUAAAUUGUGAAAAUUGUGUAUGACGUUUAAUGUACUUGUACAUUAAUAACAAUAUUAGUUAUAUGAUUUUUUUUAAACCAUCGUGAUUUAUGACAUUUCAUAUUUACAUUUAAAGUUAAAAUGGGCCGUUUAGAUUGGAUAAAUCUAGUAGUGCUUUUUGCUAUCAUUGCAGGAGUACGAUGCUUACGAAAUGUGACACUGGAUGUAGUACCAGAGUUGGUUGAACGUGGUCAGCAAGCUACUCUACGAUGUCACUAUAUACUUGAUGCCAAUGAACUUAUAUAUUCUUUGAAGUGGUAUCGUGGUACACGUGAAUUCUAUCGAUAUUCACCAAGUGAACAUCCUGCAACUAAAAAAUUUAACAUAACAGGAAUUAAUGUUGAUGACAAAAAUUCAAAUCAAAGUCAAGUGACAAUAACAAAUGUUGAUUUUGGAUUGAGUGGAAAUUUUUCAUGUGAAGUCACUGUUGAUGAGCCAACAUUUUCAACAGAACAAGCCAUCAAGAAAAUUACAAUUGUUUCACUGCCAUCAUCGAGGCCCGUUCUCGCAUCUGAACGAAGCCGUUACGAGUCUGGAGACAUACUCAAAGCAAAUUGUAGUGUGCCACCUUCUAAGCCCCCAGUUGAAUUCUCUUUUACGCUCAACAACUUUCCGGUUGGCCAGACAAAUGCAAGACAGGAAAAAAUAAAAUCAGAUUACUAUGUGGGCAGUAGUAAUUCAGCAUACAUGGAUGAUUAUGAAUUGCAGUUGGGUGAACUGAGUAUUGAACUAAAACAAUCUCAUUUUCAAAAUGGCCAGUUGAAUUUACGAUGUAUUGCACAAAUACCAGGAAUAUAUCGGAAUGUCAGUGAUACAAGUUAUCUUGGAACAGGCCUCAGAGAACCAGUGCCAGAAAGAGUUACGUUGGGAGGAAGAAGCUCUACCAUCUACGGGAGUGUCUUAACAAUUUUCUGUCUCUGUGCACUGCAAAUGCUUUUAAGAUAGUCAUGGCACGUUUGAGUUCUCAUGAAAUAAUAUACAGCACAAAAGAAAAGUUGAAAACUAGUCAAAAAUAUAAUUUACAAAAAUGACAUUGCAAAUGAACUGUUAAUUUUCAGUUUAAUAAAAUUGGCUGAUUAUCCUUAAUGAGCAAUGUGAUUUUAUUGUCAGCAUUAUUAAAAAAAAAAAAUUUUUUUCAAAACAAAGCAAAAAAAAUAAAAAACGGCAUAAUUAAAAUAAAAAUAAGUAAUACAAAACUAACAAAAAAAAAAAAACGUUAAUUUAUGUAAUUUUUUAUAUAAGUUUCAUUGAAAAUUAGAUAUAAGAAUAAAUUUUUUAGAAAAUACAAAUAAAUAUAAAUAAAAGUAUAUAUAUUUUUGUUUCAUUGCCUCUGUUAAAUAUUUAAAAAUAUAAAUAACGAUAAAUAAAAAAUACAUACAAACACUUUCGUAUCAAUGGCAAAAUCAAUUGUAUUUUUUUUUAUUGUCAAUUUGUUUAAAUGACAACUACAUAUAAUCAGUAUGAAAAUUUUAAUGAUUAUAGAAAAUCCAUUUGUUUAAAAUUUUUUUUAUCAAUACUUGACAAUGCAAUAUGUCAAAUUGCACUUUUUUUUUUUAUUUAAAAAAGUUUACCUAAACAAAAAUGUAUUUAUUCAAAAAAAAAAAAAAAAUUGUUCAUACUGCUGAAUUAAAUGCCAUUAUAAAAUAUUAAAAACAAAUUAAAAUAAAAAGUAAAAUUUGAAUUUUCAAAAAUCAAAAAAAAUUCUUAAAAUUUGCGUUAUGUUUUUGUCAUUUAUAAAUUUUCACCAAAGUGUAUUUCAUCGUUAUUAUAUACUGUACAUAGAAACGUUUAAUCUUGGUCAUAAUACGGCAAUUUAAGGUUAAUUAAUAAUAAGAAUAAAAAAAUAAAUUUGAAUUAAGUUUAAAUGCAAGAAAAAAAAUUAUAAUAAAAUUACAAAAAUAAAAAAACAAGUAUAAAAAAAUAUCUUGUAUGGACAUUCCUGGGUGUUCCAGGCACUUUGUGUCUUUUGAAAAAAAAAACCAUUAAUUAUACGUAGAUAUAUUGUCCAGUAAAUUCUGGCAAAUGUAUAAAAGCUCAGACGGGCCGUUGAGUGAUAAUACACCGUAAUGUAUGUGUGUGGGUGUGUGAGAGAGAGAGAGAAAAAAGAGCUUUUUUGAAGGAACAAAAUUUACAAAUAAAAAACAAAAACAAAAGUAAUUAAAAAAUCUAGACACAAGUGAAAAAAAAAAAAAUACAUAAAAAAUAAUCUAAUUGAAAUAAAAAGUUCAUAUGAUAUUAACGCUAAUGGGAAAUGUGCACACAUACUUAUAAAUAUACACGCAUUCACAUUAGGACAGUCUGUGCUAAAAUGAGAAACACGCGUUGAAAAUAUCCGAGUAAAACAAACUCUUCUACCACCAGCUGUGCAGCAAAUUUUUCAAACUUUGUUUUUCUUUCAUUUUUCUUUUCUUUUUUUUGGUUUAUUUUUUUUUUACCAAAUUGAAACCACUCAACGCCCCAUCCACGUUCUUAUUGGAAUAUUUGCACGUAUAAACCACGUUGUUUGAAAAUACGGUAAUGCUGCCAGAGUUUCAAAGUCCGGAAGAAGCAGCCACAUACACACAUAUAUAUAUUUAUAUACACUUACAUAGACAAAUACAA